GCUGGUGCGCGACCCGGAGUUAAGGAGGAGCAAAGAUGGCGCCGACAGCAAGGAAUCGGGCCAAUGUCCAUACGAGAAAAGAAUUACAGAAAGAAAUCCUUAAACGUCAGGCGAAUAAUAAAGAAUCUCCUAAAGAGAGAGAGGAUACUGGACAGAAUAUAGUAGGCGUGGUUGAGCCCUGGACGCCUGGAGCAUACACAGCUCUCAAAGCACUGCUCUCUGCCCGACUCUGCGCUGCCAUCUGGGCCCUCAUCAACGACUGCGAUGAAACCUACAACUACUGGGAGCCGACCCACUACCUCCUGUAUGGCAAAGGAUUCCAGACGUGGGAGUAUGCACCCCAGUACGCACUACGCUCCUACACCUACAUCCUCAUCCACGCGGUCCCCGGCUGGAUUUACUCUAACCUCCUGCAGUCCAAUCGCAUGCUGGUGUUCUUCUUCAUUCGGUGCAUGUUGGCCCUCGGCUGCUCGGGCUGUGAACUGUACUUUUACAGGGGUAUCUGCAAGGAAUUCGGGGCCAACGUCGGGAGGCUCACUCUCAGCAUCCUUGUCUUUGCCGCGGGAAUGUUCAUUGCUUCGACUGCUUAUCUCCCUUCUAGCUUUGCAAUGUAAAUGCGUGUGUGAAUAUAUAGGUAGAUAGGUAGAUAGAUGUAUAUGUGUACGUAUGUCUGGGUAGAGUGUACAUACUAAGGAUUGGGAAUCAUUUUGACAUUCCCCUGUACUUUGCCAUGUAAAAGGUUAUUUAUAUAUUCACCUC